AUGUGUAUCUCCAUUGAUGAGACUGUCACGGCAGGGAGGGAUGAAAGCUGGGCCAGGCCAGUAAGGAGUACAGGAAAGCAUACGGCCAUCGCCCAGCACCAGUCUGCUAGGAGGGCUCAUGGAGCCAUCAUCUUCAUCAGUAUGGGAGUCAUCGCUUCUCUUCUUGUUGCCAUCGUGGACGGAAUCAUCGCGGCUGAGUUCAUAGACAGGAGGCCGCUGUUGGAGGACAGGUGUGAGUUCUACGCCAGUGGAUCAGGGUACGCCUACGACAACUAUUAUACUGAGGUAAAGUGCAGCUCAUUCAACAGUGAGUGUAAAGUGAGAAUGAAGAGCAACACCUGCUACUGCUGUGACCUGUACAGCUGUGAGAGUCCAGACUACCAUACCAAGUACUAUGAGUUCACGGGGGUGAGUAGCUGCUGGGAUGUGGUCCAUCUCCAUCGUCUGCUGUGGGUCUGUGUGGUGCUCAACAUAAUGGGCCUGUUCCUGGGAAUCAUCACAGCUGCUAUACUGGGGGCUUACAAGGACCUGGCUCCUGCCCCCCAGAUGUCCCCCAGUCCCACCCCACCCCCCCACAUCAUGUAUAACCCCACCCAGCACGUGGUGACCUACGCUGGCUUCUGCCCCAACGGACAGGCCCUGCCCGCCUACCCCAACUACCCCGCUUUGCCCAUGCAGCACCACAGCAGUUACCAGGCCCCCUCCACCCCCCAGCCCGGCCUGGAGAUGACCCUGACCCCCUCCUCUCCGUCAGAGGAGAGCCAGAGCCAGCCUUCCUCCCAGGCCCCCAGCCAGCCCACCUUCCAGACUGGCUCCCAGGACCCUGGUCAGGGUUACAUGCUAACACCCAACGCCCCUUCCCUCUACCCUGGCCCCGUCUACGGGCCCUCCGGCUUCGAGAAGCCCCCUCCUUAUGCAUGCUGA